UCGGAUAAAUAUCUACGACUUUCGUUCUUUAAUUCGUUUUGCUAGCAACACAUCUCGAAUGCAGCUCAGUCGGCUAACUGGCAUUUUGCUUCUUGCCCUAUUCGUCUGCUUUCUCUUCAGCGAAAGCGACGGAUGGCGUCGGAGGAGAAGGAGGAGGAGACGCAGUUGCACUAGGACCAACUGUGCAGUCAAUAACUGGUCAUCGUGGUCGCGUUGCAAUGCGAGAUGUGGUAAGCGUGGCUACCGAUAUCGCUACCGGUCCAAGUAUCGUUCUGCUAGCUGCGGAGGAUCUUGCAAUCUCAACAACAAUCUAGAGUAUACAUCGUGCAAUGGACCAUGUUGUCGAGUCAAUUGUGCGUUGAACAAUUGGAGCAGAUGGACUGCCUGUAGCGGAUGCGGAAUCUCCAGUCAGCACCGCUAUCGCACUGUGGCAAGAAGUGCAUCUUGUGGAGGCAGCCGCUGCUCAAAUUAUCGACAGAUGACGAGAGGGUGCGCCACCGGUCGCUGUUGUGCCGUCAACUGCAACGCAAACAACUGGGGCAGCUGGGGAUCGUGUAGCGGCUCCUGCGGAUCUUACGGUACUCGGUACCGUACGAGGAGCGUCAGCCGGCAGAGUCAGUGCGGAGGACGAAACUGCGGCAGUUUGUUACAAUCGCAAGGGCAGGCUGCUGUCGCUCUAACUGCGCCGUGUCGGGUUGGUCCGGCUGGAGUAUCUGCAGCAGUUCGUGUGGCAGUGGCCACAGAAGUAAACUCGUGGAACGGCUACGGUUCGUGCCAGCCGAACAACGGUCGCUGCGGUAGUGGCAUACAGUACAGAUACAGGAGUGUGAAGAUCACGAAGCUAUGUAGAGGAAGCAAUUGUCCAGCUUCGUCUCAAGCAAAAACCUGUUACGCUGGGUGUUGCCCCGUAAAUUGUCAAGUUGGCUCUUGGGGCGGCUGGGGAUCUUGCUCGGCAGUCUGUGGAAAUGGCUUAAGGUACCGUUCGCGUUCGAUAACGAAGAGUGCUAGUUGCGGUGGCAGCUCUUGCCCUAGUACCUCAGAAGCAAAGUCGUGCUUUGAAACAAACGUAGUGCCAUGUCAGGUGUCUGGAUGGUCCGGAUGGACUACGUGCAGCAAUCUGUGUGGAAAGGGAUCGCAAACUCGCUCUCGACGAGUGACCGUGAAAGCAAAGUGUGGCGGAUCUUGUCAGAGUCUUUCACAAACACGUUCCUGCACGUCCUACACAUCAAGCAAAGAUUGCAAAGUAAACUCGUGGGGCAAUUUCGGUUCCUGCACACAAAACUGCGGAGUAGGACGGCAGUAUCGAUACCGAACUGUUUCACAACAAGCUGCUUGUACUGGCAGAGCCUGUCCCGUGCUUACUGACAGUCGAUCUUGUGGUCAGACAAAUGGAGGCUGUCAACAGUUAUGUUCGAGCGGCUCGUGUUCUUGUCAUUCCGGCUAUCUUCUCAAGUCGGACAAGAAGACGUGCCAGGCGCGUUCGUGUGGAACGCCGACGGUCAAAUAUUGUCCCAGCGGUACCAAGUACGGCACGACGUGCAAGUAUCCGGCGUUUUCUUGUAGUGCUCUCACCUACCAGAAGACGUGCACGGUCGGUUGUGCGACGGGAUACGAGCUGAAAGAUGGACCGUCAACGAUCAUUUGUUUGUCAUCGGGCACGUGGACACCGUAUACUACAGCCUAUUGUCGUAGGAAAAACGAGCCUCCUUCUAAAGUGUCUCUCUCAAGCAACACUGUGAACGAGAACAUUGCUGUUGGAACAGUCGUCGGCUCUCUGUCGACGUCAGAUCCGAAUCCGAGCGAUAGUCACGUGUACGCGCUGCUGUCCGAUGCUGGCGGCAAAUUUACGCUCAGUGGCAACAUACUCAAGAUUUCGUUUUCACCAGAUUACGAAACACAGCCUCACCUGUAUUCUAUUAAGGUGCGUAGUACCGACAAAGGAGGUCUGUAUCGUGAUGACACAUUCACUGUGUCUGUCAACAAUUUGAAUGAAGCUCCAGUAAAAGUCACGCUUUCGAAGUCGAGUGUUGACGAAAAUGCUGCCAAAGGCACCUUCGUUGGGUCACUGACAACCGUUGAUCCGGAAUCAUCUCAGAAACAUGCGUACAAGCUGAUGGAUUCUGCUGGUGGUCGUUUUGUUCUUAGUGGUAGAGACAUUAAGGUCGCUGUUUCCAAUUCUCGAUGUUUGGCUGAGGGUGGUAGGCAGUGUUUACUAAACUAUGAAGCCAGCAGCAGUCAUAACAUCGUUGUUCGAAGCACGGACAACGGGAAACCUCAAUUGUACAAAGACUUUACUCUUACUAUAACUGUUGGUGAUGUCAACGAUCAGCCCCGAAAUCUGCAUCUGUCGGGAUACACAUUACGGGAAGACAAACCGGCUGGCACCGUUAUUGGUACAUUGUCGUCUACAGAUGAAGAUCGGGGUCAGACAUUGACGUAUACACUCACUGAUAAUGCCGGAGGUCGAUUUGAAAUAAGUAAAGGCAAUCAGGUGGUCCGCAAGGCAUCAUCCGGUAUUGACUACGAGACAACACACAGUUACAAACUUACUGUCGUUGUGACAGACAGCGGAAAGCCAACAUUAAAGCUCUCCAAGGUGUUCACGAUUGAAGUAUUGAAUGUGAAUGAGGCACCCGUUUCUAUUGACUUUACGUCAGUCGGUGGUCAGUUGUCAUUUGCUGACAACAAGCCUCGUGUCAAAGAGAAUUCCGUCAAGGGCACGGUUGUAGGCACACUGGAAGCUCACGAUCCUGACUUAACCCAAACGCUCAAGUUUAAACUUGAUGAUACGGCUGGUGGUCGGUUUUCUCUAGAUACGAAGAAAGCAACGUGCACUACUAGUACAAAAGUGAAUGUUAAUACAAAAUGCACGGUUUCUGUUAUUGUUGCUGGCACAUUGAAUCACGAGAAGGAUGCUUUACAUACCGUCGUGGUUCGAGUGACCGACCAGCAUGGCUUAUUUAAGACGAGCAAGAUAUCAGUGACUGUUGUAGAUGUCAAUGACCGGCCAAGGGAUAUUUCAUUUUCUGGGAACCAGAUUUCGAUAGAAGAGAACAAGAACAAUGCACUAAUUGGAGAGUUCAGUACGACUGAUGACGAUCCUGCUAACAGCCACAAGUAUUUGUUAGUGAAUUCAGCCGGUGGACGGUUUGUAAUAUCAGGCAGCAAGCUGUUGACUGCCACCAAUGCUAAUCUCAACUACGAGGCAACCGGUCAACUUAGCAUUGUUGUACGAUCAACAGACACCGGUACACCUCCUCUCUAUGUCGACAAGGCAUUUACGGUGCAGAUAACGGAUGUCAACGAGGCACCUACUCUUGUGUGGCUGGCAUCGACAAAAGUGGACGAAAACAGUGGCAUUGAUACUACUGUAGGAAAUCUACAGACAACUGAUCCGGAUAACGAAAGACCAAGACAGAUCAAGACUCCCGUUCAGACGCACACGUAUACUCUCCUAGAUAGUGCACAGGGUCGAUUCAAACUUGACAAGGGAAUUUUGAAGGUGGCUGUAAGCAAUACUAAAUGCUUAACAUUUGGAGGUGCAGAAUGUAAACUGAACUAUGAGAAGUCGAAGACUCAUCGAUUGGUAAUUCGCUCUACUGACAGUGGAACUCCGCCACUGCAAAAGGAUUUUGCUAUUACUGUUUUUCUCAAUAAUGUCAAUGACAAGCCUCGCAGUCUGACUAUUGACAAUUUCAAAGUAAAAGAGAACAGUCCCAAAGGCACUCUUGUCGGGCGUUUGAAUGCAUCCGAGGAAGACAGUGGACAGAAGUUGACGUAUACCCUCACCAAUAGUGACAAGGGCAAGUUUUACUUGAAAGACAAUCAAUUGUUAAAAGCCUCGUCUGCUGAUUAUGAAACUAAAACCAAACAUUUGGUGACGGUGAAAGUGACCGACAAUGGCAAAUCUCCUCUUUCGAUAUCUAAGGACUUUGUAAUCGAAGUUUUGAAUGUCAACGAACCUCCUGUUUCAAUAGUUUUUAAAGAUACUAACAGCAAACAGACAUUUACAGACAACUUUCCUAAAGUGAAUGAAAACGAGGCACUGGGCACAGUGGUUGGGACUGUCGAAGUUCACGAUGAAGAUAAGAACCAGAAGUUGACGAUGACACUGGAUGAUGACGAUGGUGGUCGUUUCAGCAUAUCCAGUGCGUCCGCAGUCGUUUGCAGUUCCACCAGCAAAAUUACGGGAAUCAACACAGUCUGCACUGCCAAGAUUUAUGUGGCUGGGACUUUGAACCACGAAUAUACAAACCGUCACACUCUCAUCGUUCGUGCGACAGACUCAGGUGGUCUCUUUGUUGCAACAAAGUUUACUAUCUCUGUCCUGGAUGUUAAUGAUCCUCCUCGGGACAUUCAAUUGGCGUCGGGUAGUCCACAAGUUCGUGAAAAUGACAACAAUGCUGUUGUCGGUGAGCUGGUUUCCACAGACGAUGACACGACUCAAACUCACACGUACAAGUUACUCGACAGUGCAGCUGGUCGCUUUGUCAUAGUUGGUCGAGAGGUGAAAGUCUCGGCUAAGGCCAAUCUGAACUACGAGGCUGCACAGCAGUACACAAUACGCGUUAUGUCAACAGACAGCGGUGCGCCUCCUCUCUCAAAAACCAAAUCAUUUACCAUCAAAGUUCUGGAUGUCAACGAAAAGCCAACGGCUGUUCACAUCAGCAGUGAUUUGGUGAAAGAGAACAGUCCAAUCAAUACCGUUGUCGGAUCACUGACGACAUCAGACCCAGAUAAUUCACACAAAGUGUGGCAGACAUUUUCCUACCGGAUUGUAGACAGCGCUAAUGGUAGAUUUAAGGUGGACGGCAAUGUAGUGAAGGUUAAGCUUCCAAACACUCGAUGUUUGGCUUUGGGGGGCAAAGAGUGUGUUCUGAACUUUGAGGACAGCGAUCGACACGUGAUCACUGUUCGUGCGACUGACAGCGGAUCUCCAGCUUUGUAUGUGGAUUUUGCGAUUACCAUACACAUUCAGGAUGUAAAUGAUCGACUACGCAAUCUGGACCUGUCACACAAUGAAGUGCUAGAGAACAUGCCUGCCGGUACAGUUGUUGGUAACUUGUCUUCUACGGAGGAAGACACCGGACAAACAACGACUUAUACAUUGAGUGAUGACGAUAAUGGUAUGUUUAAGAUUGUUAACAACGAGCUGCAGAAAGCCAGGUCGGCUAACUACGAAACACAGAAGGCACACUCGGUUGUCGUUGUGGCGACAGAUAAUGGAAGUCCACGUCUACAGGUUACCAAACGGUUUACUGUAGAAGUCCAGAAUGUCAAUGAGCCACCCAUUAGCAUCAGUUUUACAGACACUGAUGGACAACUUUCGUUUAAUGAUAACUUGCCUCGUGUGGAAGAGAACUCUCCUAAAGCUACUGUUGUUGGUACGAUUGAGGCACUUGAUUAUGAUGCAAAUGAGACGCUUACUUUUCGACUUGAUGAUGAUGCUAACGGCAUGUUUGCUCUCGGAGAUUCUGCAGACUUCCAUUGCAGGACACUACAGAAUAAGAAGGGCAUAAAUACCUACUGUUCCACAACUCUAGUGGUUGUGGGGCCACUCAAUUAUGAAGGGAAGGAGAAGCACUAUGUGGAAAUUCGAGUAUCUGACAAGGAAGGUCUUUUCCGUGCUCAGCGAUUCGAUAUAGACAUAAUUGACAUUAAUGACGUUCCACAUGACGUUGAACUGAAGGGAAGAAAGGUCAAAGAAAAUCUGAACAAUGUGGUGAUUGGUCUGCUUACAACAGAAGAUCAAGAUGCCACUCACAGUCACGUUUACACAUUAGUGGACGAUGCUGGUGGUCGCUUUGUGAUAAAGAAUGAUCGACUGUUUACAUCAUCGACUGCCAACUUGGACUAUGAGUCUCAAUGGGAGUACAACAUUACUGUACGAUCUACUGAUGAUGGCACACCAGCACUGUUUAUUGAUGAAACGUAUGUAAUUACGGUGCUUGAUGUCAAUGAGCCACCAUCGCUCAUUGAGAUCAGCAACUCACAGAUUCGUGAAAACUCUCCAAGUCAGACUGUGGUUGGAUCACUGAAAAUAUCCGAUCCUGACAACUCUGGACCUAAGGGUGUGUGGCAAACCCACAACUGCUCUGCUAUACAGACCUCCGUUGGCCGAUUUACUGUAGACAACAACAUAGUGAAGGUUGCCGAGUCAGACAUCAACUAUGAGUCAAACGAUACUUUGGCGAUUGUGGUACGUUGUAUUGAUACCGGGAGUCCGCAGCUAUACCGAGAUGAGCUGCUUGUUAUCACUGUUGUGGACGUCAACGAAAUUCCCACCGGCUUGACAAUGACAGGAGGCGUGAUCGCUGAGAACUCAUCACCACAGGCAUUGGCCGUAUUUACUACCACAGACCCGGAUAAUGAAUUUACUCUUCGUCAGAACUUUACGUACACGUUGUUAACUAGUCAACCCCGUUUUCCGUUUGUGAUCAAUGGCAAUAAGCUGGAGACAGUUCGGAGCCUUAACUACGAGGCACAACAGUCAUGGCAAGUGACAGUUCGCACGACAGACCCCGGUGGUCUAUCGAUAUCAGAAACGUUUCAGGUGAACGUGACGGACGUCAAUGAUCCACCUUCGGCCGUUAACGUGGCCGGUACAGCGUCUGUACCAGAGAACAGCGUCGCGGGCACGUUUGCCGGACAACUACAGACAAUCGACGAGGAUUACGGGCAGAGUCACGUGUACAGAAUCGUAGCAGUUUCUGCAGGACUUGAUAUGCAGCACGUUAGGGCAGACUUGGUGACCGUUUUCAGUCUUGAUGCGGCAACCGGAGAACUAGCAGUCGGCGCAAAGGAAUCGUUGAAUUACGAAGCAAUUUCUGCGUACACGCUACAAGUUGUGACCACGGAUUCGGGUACACCGUCGUACUCGUUUACUGGAACGGUCACCGUCAAUGUCUUGAACGUCAACGAGGCACCAAGCAACCUCACAUUGAGUGGAAAUGAGAUCGUCGAAGGAAGCGCCGUCAAUAGCAAGAUUGGUUAUCUGACUGUCACCGAUCCAGACAACGAACUUGUUUUAAUCCAGACACAUCACUGCGUUGUACUCGACGCGGACAAUCAGCCUUUCAAGGUUCUAAACAAUCUCACUCUUGUCGUAAGCCAAGCAACUUUGGAUUAUGAGCAAGAAGAAUUUUACUAUGUUGGGGUUCGAUGCUAUGAUGAUGGUCAUCCUCAAAUGUAUGUCGAGUCACAGUUUACAAUCCAAGUGCUCAAUACGAACGAGGCCCCGUCUCAGGUCGGCCUAACAUCUUACACCAUCGAUGAAAACGAGGAUCCCGGCUCUCUGGUUGGCAUAGCAACAAGUGUGGAUCCAGACAACGAACAGAGUUGGGUGCAGAACGUGACAUUCAUGAUCGAAGAAGGCAGUCUGGUGCCAUUCGCACUGAACGGCACCGACGUCGUGUCCACGAUUUCGUUUGAUUCUGAGAACCGAUCACUGUACGUGUUCCACUUGAUAGCAAUCGACGACGGUCUGCCUCCUAAAAACACAAGCCAGAAGAUUGAAAUACACAUUAUUGAUAUUAACGAUCAACCCACCUAUGUGGGUCUCAACAGCAGCGGUGUGGAUGAGAACUCUCCCAGCGGUACGGUCGUCGGCAAUCUGUACACGAUCGAUGAAGACCGAUUUCAGUCCCACGUUUACAGUAUCAUCCCACAAGAUGGAGUUCCAGGUCUCUUUGCAAUUGACGGUAAUCACCUUGUGGUUGCUAGUGGUACCGAUCUGGACUACGAGAAGGAGUCGACAUACACUAUAGUAAUCAUGACCACCGACAACGGUUCUCCUCAACUCACCUACCAGCGCGACGUCGUUGUGUCCGUGUUGGACGUAAACGAGCCGCCGUCGAGCAUCGUAUCGUACAGUAGAGACGAGAUCGAAGAGAACAGUCCGGCCGGCACGUGGGUCGCCAAUCUGACCGUCAUCGACGAAGACUUUGACCAGACGCAUCACUGCAAGCUGCUGAACGGCACGCAAUACUUUACUCUCGUCGACAACAACGACACAAUACCGGAAAUAUUCGUGUCUCGCGAUGAUGCGGACAUCGACUACGAAACGGAUGCGAACAUUUGGAUCAACAUCGAGUGCGUCGACUCCGGCUAUCCGCCGCUUGCCGUCGAGCACUCGAUCGACAUCCGGGUGCUGGACGUCAACGACCCGAUUACGGCUAUCGUGCUGACCGGGUCUCUGACGGUACGCGAAGACAUUCCCGUCGACACGCCCAUUUUGGACGUUUCGGUCGCGGACGAAGAUAUCGGACAGACGCACACGUACGUCGUGGUCGGAGAGAUGUCGUUUGGUUUUACGGUCGAUAAUUCACGCCGUCAGCUCGUCGUCACCCGUCCGCUCGUGUUGGACUUCGAGACGCUCGACGAUCCGCACGUUAACGUUACCAUCGCGGUAUCCGACGACGGUUACCCGCCGUCGACGUACAAUCAGACGUUUACCAUCACAGUCGUUAAUAUUAACGAACCCCCGGUCAUUGUGUUGGACACCCUGGGUGUAUACGAGAACGCCUCGAGAGGAGACUUGAUCGCAGAGUUGACGUCGAGCAAUCCAGAAGACGGCCAGAUUAUUAGAUACCGCAUUCUAGACGUCGACGGUUUCACCAAUUUUACUCAGUUUUACUUACUUGACGUCGAGAAUUCCACUUAUCUCUAUCUCAACGACAGUAUCAGCUACGAGUCUCGGUCGUCGUAUCUGGUGGAAAUCGAAGCGACGGACGACGGAAAUCCGCCGGCGUCGUCGUUGACGCUGAUUACCGUCGACGUUCUUCGCAGCGAUCCGUGCGCCGUCGGCACCGCCGACUGUGACGAAAACGCUCUUUGCUACCGACUAUCGUCCAACGAGAGUCGCUGUGAAUGCGACGACGGAUACAGUGGUGAUGGACGGACGUGCAGCGAGAUCGACGAAUGCGCUGCCGCGUCGGCGCCGUUUGGUGUCACUUCUGUGUGCAACUACGGCAACUGUACAGACGAGAUCGCCAACUACUCGUGCACUUGUCUGCCCGGAUUCACCGACUUUGACUGCAGUCGUGAGAUCAACGAGUGCGCGUCGAAUCCGUGCGUCGGAGGACAGUGUGUGGACGGGGUGAACGGUUAUACUUGCGUGUGCGACGACGGAUACACUGGCGUCGCGUGCGACGUCGACAUCGACGACUGCGCAGCGGCACUGUGCGGCGGCGGCACUUGUGUGGACGGCGUGGAUGACUACAAGUGUGAUUGUCCGGAUUAUUGGGUCGGUGAUCGAUGUUCGUUUCCGGUCGACGUCUGCGAGCAGCCUGGCUUGUGUCGACAGAAGAACUGUAUUCCUAAGUCGGUCAAUGCUGCAGUUGUUGAAAAGCAAGAUGUGGGAGAGGAUGCAACUGGUCCACCGGUUGCAAUUCAGCCCAUCACAAUUACCAGUGUGAGCACCAAUGGCGGUGAUGACAACUCUUAUAGUGGUGACUCUCGGUAUGUGUGUGUGGCAGAUGAUAACAUUGUCACUAUUUUGUUACCUCCCGGAGUAAAUGCGAGUAGCCGUUCGUUUAAGACGGAUUGGGAACGGUAUUUGUUGAACGAUCUGUAUGUCAACAUACCGGCGGACGACGACGGCGAUAUCACCAACUAUGACGUUCCCGUCUCUUCUGUCUACAUCACGGGUGUUUCUACGCAACCGGAUGGCAGCGCGGCCAUUCACUUUGUGGUGAUGGUCAAUGACAAAGCGGUCGGUCCCUAUAGCGUGAUCGAGGGCUUAAACCAGAAUUGUCUCAACUCGACGUCAUUGGAUCACAGUGAUCUUAUUUGUGCUGCCGUGGAGAAGUCGGCAACUGCUCCGAAUCACCAAUCUCCGCCUAUUCCUUGCCUUGAUUGUCCAAAAGUGGCACCAGCAGUGGGCAGCAAGAAUACCAGUUCGAAGGAUAUCAUCUGGCCUGUCGUGAGCUGUGUGCUAUUCAUGGUUGUGGUUGUAGCUUUGGCACUGCUUUAUCGCAGUCACAGAGCUAAGAAGAACUUGAUGCUGAGGAGAGCUGAAUAUUCACCAGUAGGUGGUGAGGUAUACAAUGAAGGCGAUCACUGUGUAGAUAAUCCUCUGUUUUAUGACGGCGACGACGAGGAAGGCGAAGAUUAUGAACGAUCCGAUGCCAUGUCGGGUGUUGCAAACCCUUUGUUCACACCUGACUUUGAUGACGGUGUAGGAACGUACAAUAAUCCUGCAUAUAAACGUGCUGAUGUUGAUGUGUCACACAAUCCUAUGUAUUGUGACCCGGAUAAAAGCGAAGAUGACGGAGUAAUUGCAAAUCCGAUCUACCAAUCAUCUACCGCUACAGAAGCGAUUUAUGAUAAUCCGAAUGAUCUUGGCUGUUAGGAUUCCGGUCUGUGUGGACUUCUCUAUGCUGUUUUGUGAUUUCCUUUUGUGCUUUUUGGGUUUUGACUCUUUGUAUCGAUGUCUUGAUUUCUGGUUUGCAUUUUGCUGGUCAUCUACUGGUAUAUAACAGAUACGCUCAUCAGUUGUAUUGUUGAUCCUAUGAAUAACAGUAUGUAUGCAUAUGUAUCAUCAUUGUCUCU